AUAUAUACACACGUAUAAAUAAAAUAGAAUGCUUAAACUACAGAUAUUACAUUAUCUAUAGUUUGUAUAUUAGGGAAACUACCGCGAUGUGUUACUUUGAUAUUUUCAGGGUACUCUUUAUAUAAGAUAAAUUCCAAAAAUCCGAUAUUACGCGUUUCCUUUCUUGGAUCUCGGGAGUUCUUAAAAGAUUUUUCCCACAUACAAAAAAAAAUACUGCAAUGUUACAUCAUAAAAAUGUAUACAAUAUAUUAUAUUUAUAUUUGUAUUUGUCUGAUAAUCAUUGGGAGAAUAUAUUUUGUAAUAUUUCAUACAUAUAAAAUAAAAGGGAGAAAGAGAUCAAUUCGAAAUAAUCCAGCUAAAAUAAUGAUAAUAUUAGGGUCUGGUGGACAUACUGCAGAAAUGAUAAGAAUUCUUAAGUAUUUAAACUUCAAAAAUUACUCACCAAGAAUAUAUGUACAUGCUGAUACAGAUUUAAUGAGCAUUGAGAAAGUUAAAUACUUAGAAGAAGAUAACAAAGAUUAUAAAAUUAUUAAAAUUCGUAGAAGCAGAGAAAUUCAUCAAUCAUAUUAUACAUCUAUUUAUACUACUAUUUAUGCAAUUCUUGAGUCAAUUCCUCAUUUAUGGAGAGAAUGUCCAGAAUUACUUUUAUGUAAUGGUCCAGGCACUUGUGUUCCCUUGUGUAUAAUAGCAUUUUUAUUUAAAGUUUUGUAUAUUACACAAACUACUAUAAUAUUUAUUGAAAGCAUCUGUAGAGUUAAAACACUAUCAUUAACAGGAAAAAUUUUGUAUUAUAUAGCUGAUUAUCAAAUAAUACAAUGGCCAUAUUUAAAUAAAUCAAAUAAUCAAAAUAAUAAAAUAUUAUCCAUUUAAAUAAAAUUAAUUCAU